CUUACUACCACCAGCAGCACCUCAGUGGCCGCCGACCUCCGUCCCUGAUCGCGUUCGCUCCCCCGGUCCUGCUCCCUGCCCGCCCGCUCCGGCCCUGUGCGCCAUGGCUGAGGUAGAUCCGUUCGGUGCGGCCGCCGCCCCGGCCCCUGCCCCAGGAGGUCCCGCAGUGGGUAACGGGGUGGCGAGCGGCGGCAGCAGCGAGGAAGAUCCGGCCGCGGCCUUCCUAGCCCAGCAGGAGAGCGAGAUCGCGGGCAUCGAGAACGACGAGGGCUUCAGCAUCCUUGACAGCGGCAGUGUGCCCGCCUCCCUGCAAGGGGAGCCCCCCGGGGGCCCGGAUGCUAUUGAUGGAGUGAUGAAUGGAGAAUAUUACCAGGAGAGUAAUGGUCCAACUGAUAGUUACGCAGCCAUUUCACAAGUGGAUCGAUUACAGUCAGAACCAGAGAGCAUCCGUAAAUGGAGAGAAGAACAAAUGAAACGUCUGGAAAUCCUUGAUGCUAAUUCUCAGAAGCAGGAAGCAGAAUGGAAAGAAAAAGCAAUAAAAGAGUUGGAAGAAUGGUAUGCAAGGCAAGAUGAACAGCUACAAAAAACAAAAGUAAAUAACAGGGCAGCUGAAGAAGCUUUUGUAAAUGAUGUUGAAGAGACUUCUCCUGGCACCGAGUGGGAACGUGUAGCUCGGCUGUGUGACUUUAACCCCAAGUCUAGCAAGCAGGCCAAGGACGUGUCCCGCAUGCGCUCAGUUCUCAUCUCCCUCAAGCAGGCCCCCCUGGUUCACUGAAGGGAAGCCCAGUGAAAACACUACGAUUGCAGUAUCUUAAUCUUCCUCAGCGAAGCUGUUCACAGUCAUUGGAUUAAUUAUGUUGGGUUCUUUUGGACCAAACCUCUUGUCUUUAGAGUUGAUCAUUGUUUGUGAUUGCAUGUUUUCUUCAACUGUUUUCUCCCUGCCAUUCAGAGUGGGAGGGAAGUGAGACCCUCCAGGACAAUAGCCUCUUGUGCUUUUGUGCAUUGUCAUUUUCAACUGUACUGAUAAUAAAAUUCUCUUUCAAAUAGCA